CAGGAGCAGUUGCCACUCUCUGCUGGUCUUGCACACUUUUAUAUUCCGUGUGUAGUCCACGCAAUAGCCUUGGUGGCUGGGAACUGUGAGCGGGAGAGCAGGAGGUGUCCUCUUCACAAUGUUAAGUGGGAUUAAGCUGGAUGGAGUGGAUUCUUCUGACUGGGAUUGCUAUUACACUGGGAAUGAGGUUUACCAGCCAAUGAACAACAUGAAUCUAGGGAAUGUGAACCCUUACAUGGCCAACACAAGACCUCCUGGGACUAUCAACAUGUCUUAUAUAAACCCUGGGAUGAUGAGCCACCAUCCGUUGCCGGGCAUGGGAGCCGUGACCAGUGUGGCCUCUGAAGUCACUGGGCUAGAGACCCCAAUGAGUUCGCCAAUGGAGCAAGUCAGAACCCAACCCAACCCCAUGGGCCAGAUCACUUCCUACUGCAAUGUCAACCCUGUCAUCAGUCCAGGGUUUGGACAGGGCAACCUGGAAGUUCCAGGAGAUAACAAGAACUUCAGGCGGAACUACACACAUGCCAAACCUCCUUAUUCCUACAUUUCCCUCAUAACCAUGGCGAUCCAACAAUCCUCGCAAAAAAUGCUGACGCUCAAUGAGAUCUAUCAAUGGAUCAUGGACUUCUUCCCUUACUACAGGCAGAACCAGCAGCGCUGGCAGAACUCCAUCCGCCACUCGCUCUCCUUCAAUGACUGCUUCAUCAAGAUGCCCAGAUCCCCGGAAAAACCGGGAAAAGGCUCCUACUGGGCCCUCCAUCCGGAUUCGGGGAACAUGUUCGAGAACGGCUGCUACCUCAGGAGGCAGAAGCGGUUCAAGUGUGAGAGGCGAGGUGGGGCGGCCGUCCCGCGGAAAGAAAGUGGGGCCCUGCCUCCGGAGAGCUCCGGGCCGAGGGAUGAGUCCCCAGCAGCGGGCGGGGAGACAGAUUCUUCCGUUGGGUCGCCCAGCUCGGAGCAGGGGAGGAACCAGAGGAGGCCUCUUUACCAGCAAUUGGGCAAGGUGUCUCCAGAGAACAGCCCCGGGAUUCCAAAUCAGGAGAGCUCCCAAGACACCAAGCCAGCUUCCUUGGUGUCCUCUCAACCUUCGUUCCUCUCCCAACUCUCCCCUGAGGUCUACCUGAAGCCUGACCCUCAGUUUCCCUUGAACCACCCUUUCUCCAUCACCAACCUGAUGUCAGCUGAGCAGCAGGCCAACAGGAUGGACAUGAAGCCGUACGAACAGAUGGUGCAGUACUCCGGCUACGGACCCUCGAUGACCACUGAUGUCUCCAUGAACUCCAUGUUCCCCAAAACCAGUCUGGACCUUGCGCCCAUUUCCAACGAACCACCCGCUUACCAGUCUCUGUGCUCCCGACCAGUUCUGAGCUCGAUAUAGAUCCUGUGCCAUAAAAAAGACUUUAUCCACAUGUAUAUGCUUUGUAGAUACCCAACCCAUUUUGUCAAUGAACCGAUGAAAAUUAAUACUAUUCCUUUGUAUGAAUCAAAAGGGAG